GCAGCGCUCGCCCACGCCCAGCGCCGCCUCCUCCUCGGCCAGCAACAGCGAGGAGAGGCCAUUGACGAGCUCCCUUGUCUGCAGACAGGAUUCUGCAAGUCGCCCGCAGGGAAAAGAACAUGGGUGGCCGGUUGCGUGUCACUGAGAAUUCAGGCAGCAGUGGCUUCUCUCCUCCCUGCACAGACAUCUGUUCUCCUCCAUCAUCACGAUUCCUGCCGUCUUGCAGUUCACAGAGUACUUCCAAGCACUUCAUCUCACAUUCCCUUCUCAAAAACUGUGAGCUGGAGGCCGGCAGUGAUGAAGAUCGAAAGGUAAACCUCAGCUUAAGUGAGAGCUUUUUCAUGGUGAAAGGAGCGGCCCUCUUCUUACAACAGGGAAACAGCCCUCAAAGCCAGCGAAGUCUUCAGCAUCCCCACAAGCAUGCAGGUGACUUGCCCCAACAUCUUCAAAUAAUGAUCAACCUCCUUCGUUGUGAAGAUCGGAUCAAGCUGAGCCAAGCACUGUCCCUCAUGCAUGGAUAUGAACAAGACAUGAGAAUUAAGAAUCUCAUCUUAAUUCCAGAACUCACAGGGGGAAAGGCCGUGCGCUUGGAGAGCGCCUGGGCGGAGCGGGUCCGGUACAUGGUGGUGGUGGACAGCAGCGGGCGCCAGGACACGGAGGAGAGUAUCUUGCUGGGAGUCGACUUUUCCAGUAAGGAAAGUAAGAGCUGCACCAUCGGGAUGGUUCUCCGGCUGUGGAGCGACACGAAAAUCCACCUCGAUGGAGAUGGGGGGUUCAGCGUCAGCACGGCAGGGCGGAUGCACGUCUUCAAGCCCGUGUCUGUCCAGGCCAUGUGGUCUGCCCUGCAGGUCCUUCACAAGGCCUGCGAAGUGGCGCGAAGACACAACUACUUCCCCGGCGGCGUGGCUCUCAUCUGGGCCACCUACUAUGAGAGCUGCAUCAGCUCCGACCAGAGCUGCAUCAACGAGUGGAACGCCAUGCAGGACCUAGAGUCCACGCGGCCCGACUCCCCAGCCCUGUUUGUGGACAAGCCAACCGAGGGAGAGAGGACCGAGCGCCUCAUCAAGGCCAAGCUCCGGAGCAUCAUGAUGAGCCAGGACCUGGAAAAUGUGACCUCGAAAGAAAUCCGGAGUGAACUGGAGACUCAGAUGAGCUGCAACUUGAAAGAAUUCAAGGAAUUCAUAGACAACGAAAUGCUCCUGAUCCUGGGACAGAUGGACAAGCCCUCCCUUAUCUUCGACCAUCUGUAUCUCGGCUCUGAAUGGAAUGCAUCCAAUCUGGAGGAACUGCAGGGCUCAGGUGUUGACUACAUCUUAAAUGUCACUAGAGAAAUAGAUAACUUUUUUCCUGGCUUGUUUGCAUAUCAUAACAUCCGAGUCUACGACGAGGAAACAACCGACCUCCUUGCCCACUGGAAUGAGGCGUACCAUUUUAUAAACAAAGCAAAGAGGAACCACUCCAAGUGCCUGGUACAUUGCAAAAUGGGCGUCAGUAGGUCCGCCUCCACGGUCAUAGCCUAUGCCAUGAAGGAGUUCGGCUGGCCCCUGGAGAAAGCCUACAACUACGUGAAGCAGAAGCGCAGCAUCACCCGCCCCAACGCCGGCUUUAUGAGGCAGCUGUCUGAGUAUGAAGGCAUCUUGGACGCCAGCAAACAGCGACACAACAAACUGUGGCGCCAGCAGGGCGAUGCCUGCCUCCAGCUGCCCGUGGAGGACCCCACGGGGUCUGGGGACUUCCUGCCGGAGACUCUAGACAGCACCCCAGAAGCCCCGCUGCCCUGCCUAGAGGACGACGCCCGGCCUGGGCUCCCGGACAGCAGGGCCCUGGGAGGAGCUGCUCUCCCCUGCUGCUUCCGGCGCCUCCCAGACCCCCUCCUGCACCCCCCCAGUGACGAAACCGCCAGCAUGGUUCGCCUGGACGACCUGGAGAGGGACGCCCUCUUGGAGGAAGCAGCCGAGGCCACCGAGGCGUGCGGGCCGGCCAUACCCCCCCAGGAGGCUUCCAGGCCCUGUGAGAAGGAGGUGAAGAAGAAGCUGGAGUUCAGGAGCCCCAAGGCCUCCUCACCGCCGCAGGUGGAGGACAUGGAAGGGGAGGAGGCCCCGGGAGCAGGGCGCUGGGGGCGGCCCCCCUCCCAGCCUGACAAAAGCCUGCUUAACCGGGAGAACCUGAACAACAACAACAGCAAGAGAAGCUGUCCCGAGGACUUUGAGCACGAUGCUAUAUUCGGGAUCCUUAACAAGGUGAAGCCUUCCUACAAAUCCUGUGCCGACUGCAUGUACCCUACCGCCAGCGGGGCUCCUGAGGCCUUCAGGGAGCGGGGCGAGAACCCCAGUGCACCCGCCAUCUGUACCCAGCCCACCUUCCUGCCCCACCUCACGUCGUCCCCUGUGGCCUACGCGUCCAGCAGGGCCCGAGCUUUAGAGAGACUGGCCUCUGGCCCAAGUGAAAGUCCCCCGUUCCUACCACCAGCAGGCUCGAGGAGGUCAGACAGCGGUGGCUCUGGGGCUGAAGCUGCCCCAGAGCUACCGGCCAGCCUUUUGGAACCUUCCAGAGAAACCCAAAAAGUCCUGCCAAAGUCGCUCCUUUUGAAGAACUCUCACUGUGAUAAGAACCCUCCAAGCAUGGAAGUGGCGAAGGACGAAUCACCACCCAAGAAAGAUCUGAAGCCAGCCAAGGACCUGCGGCUUCUCUUCAGUAAAGAGGCUGAGAAACCCACCACCAACAGCUACUUGAUGCAGCACCAGGAAUCCAUCAUUCAGCUGCAGAAGGCGGGCUUGGUCCGGAAGCACACCAAAGAACUGGAGAGGCUAAAGGGCACGCCCACAGACCCGGCUUCUUCCUCCAGGGACAGCGCCGCCAGCAGGCUGGAGGCCAGCACCCCCGAGGAGAGCCCCACUCUGGCCCCCACCACUCCGCCGGCGCCCCUGCCUUCGCCUGGCCUUGCCGCCAGUGACGACAAGUCGGAGGCCGCCCCCCCUCCGUUUGAAGGAGGCCCCCUCAGGAGCCCCACCCCCUUCCUCUGCCGCCUGGAUCACACCAGUCAUUUCUCAAAAGACUUCCUGAAGACCAUCUGCUACACCCCUACCUCCUCGUCCAUGAGCUCCAACCUGACCCGGAGCUCCAGCAGCGACAGCAUCCACAGCGUCCGGGGCAAGCCCGGGCUGGUGAAGCAGCGGACGCAGGAGAUUGAGACACGGCUCCGGCUGGCGGGCCUCACCGUCUCGUCCCCGCUCAAACGCUCACACUCUCUGGCCAAGCUUGGAAGUCUCAACUUCUCGACGGAGGACCUGUCCAGUGAGGCAGACGCGUCCACCCUCACCGAGUCCCGGGACGCCAAGUCGAGUGAGACUUCCUUCUCAUGUGAGCCGCAGGCAGCCCCGAGGAACCCAGCCGCAGCCUCUCCGCCGUCAGGGAAAUGCACUUCAGAAGACUCGAGAAGCUCCUUGUGGAUGAGCAGAAGCUGACCCGCCUCUUGCUGCCUUUGGAUGGGUAUUUUCACAUGAUCCCUCUGUUCGUUUCACUGGGGGCUUGGGGCAGCCCCUUGCAUCUUGAUUCCUCCCAGACAGCUGACACUCAGACUUUCCCACUCCUGCCGCAGAGAGGAGGGGAAGAGACCAAAAUCACACAGCACAAGAAGAAGGGGGAGAAGCCAGUCGUGUGGCCUGGGAGAGCCAGAAGCCGUCGGCCAGUAGAUACGAAACCCUGACCCCCAAGUCCUGGGUUUUCAGGAAGAGUCCUGUUUUACGAAGAGCAUAUACAGAUGUGCACACACGUCAUAAGUACUCCCCCCACACCGUGCGACAUGAUGGCGGUGGUGACGGCUCCGUCGCCAUGGUGCCCAUUCCUAGCUCGUUGAGGCCCUCGCGGGGAAACCCUCGGAUGGCAAUAUAUUAAGUCCUACCUCUGUUCUUGCUGUGCUUUUUAUUUUUAAGAUACAAUAGUGACCCAAGGCUCGUUCCAGGGAGUGAUGCUGUGUCAGAAAAGGUUUUUUCCAAAAGAGAAUUUUUUUUGGUCCCCACCAAAAAAAAAAAAAA